CCUCUUCCGGUCUUCCUCCGCCUUCGCUUCUCUGCCUCGAGGCCUAGCGCGGCCUUCUGGCUCCGACGCCUCCUCAGCCACUGCCGUCAUGGCCGCCACGGCCGCUUCUUCCUCGGCCUCCUCCUCCUCCUCAGCCUCCUCCUCAGGGGCCGCCAAUGCUCCCUCUGGAGGCGGGGGCGGGGGCGCUGGAGGGUCCGGGUCCGGGUCCGGCUCAGGCCUGACCGCCUCCCUGACGGGAACCAUGAACAGGAAAAAGAAGCCCUUCCUGGGCAUGCCGGCCCCGCUGGGCUACGUGCCGGGACUGGGACGAGGUGCCACAGGUUUUACUACCCGCUCAGAUAUUGGUCCUGCUCGAGAUGCAAAUGACCCCGUGGAUGAUCGUCAUGCUCCUCCAGGGAAGAGAACUGUUGGGGAUCAGAUGAAGAAAAACCAGGCAGCAGAUGAUGAUGAUGAAGAUCUCAAUGAUACCAAUUAUGAUGAGUUCAAUGGAUAUGCUGGAAGUCUGUUUUCAAGUGGGCCUUAUGAAAAAGAUGAUGAGGAAGCUGAUGCGAUUUAUGCUGCUUUGGAUAAAAGAAUGGAUGAAAGGAGAAAAGAGAGAAGAGAACAACGUGAGAAGGAGGAGAUAGAAAAGUACAGAAUGGAACGACCAAAAAUUCAGCAGCAGUUCUCAGAUCUGAAAAGAAAAUUGGCCGAAGUUACUGAGGAGGAGUGGCUAAGUAUACCUGAAGUUGGUGAUGCUAGGAACAAACGUCAAAGGAAUCCACGUUAUGAGAAACUGACUCCUGUUCCAGACAGCUUCUUUGCAAAGCACUUGCAGUCAGGGGAGAACCACACAUCGGUGGAUCCUCGGCAAACACAAUUUGGAGGUUUGAAUACACCCUAUCCUGGGGGCUUAAACACUCCCUAUCCAGGUGGAAUGACCCCUGGGCUGAUGACACCUGGAACAGGUGAACUGGACAUGAGGAAGAUUGGACAGGCUAGGAAUACCUUGAUGGACAUGCGACUUAGCCAGGUGUCUGACUCUGUGAGUGGCCAAACAGUGGUGGAUCCCAAGGGCUACCUCACCGACUUGAAUUCGAUGAUUCCUACACAUGGUGGAGAUAUCAAUGACAUAAAAAAAGCACGUUUACUUCUGAAGUCUGUGCGAGAGACUAAUCCUCACCAUCCACCAGCUUGGAUUGCUUCUGCACGCUUGGAGGAGGUGACUGGCAAGCUGCAGGUGGCUCGAAAUCUCAUCAUGAAAGGGACAGAGAUGUGCCCCAAGAGCGAAGACGUGUGGCUUGAAGCUGCCCGCUUACAACCUGGGGAUACUGCUAAGGCUGUGGUGGCCCAGGCUGUUCGUCACCUUCCACAGUCAGUGCGGAUUUAUAUCAGAGCAGCAGAAUUGGAGACAGAUAUUCGAGCGAAGAAGCGUGUCCUUCGAAAAGCACUAGAGCAUGUUCCAAACUCUGUUCGGUUGUGGAAAGCAGCUGUGGAGUUGGAAGAGCCUGAGGAUGCCAGGAUAAUGCUCAGCCGAGCUGUGGAAUGCUGUCCCACUAGUGUAGAACUGUGGCUUGCCUUGGCAAGGUUGGAAACCUAUGAAAAUGCCCGUAAAGUCUUAAACAAGGCCCGGGAGAACAUCCCAACUGACAGGCACAUCUGGAUCACAGCUGCCAAACUUGAGGAGGCCAAUGGGAACACACAGAUGGUGGAGAAGAUCAUAGACCGAGCCAUUACUUCGUUAAGAGCAAAUGGAGUGGAAAUAAACCGGGAGCAGUGGAUCCAGGAUGCUGAAGAGUGUGAUAAAGCUGGCAGUGUGGCAACAUGCCAAGCUAUCAUGAGAGCUGUGAUUGGAAUUGGGAUUGAGGAAGAGGACCGCAAGCACACUUGGAUGGAAGAUGCAGAUAGUUGUGUUGCUCACAAUGCUCUGGAAUGUGCCCGUGCAAUCUAUGCUUAUGCUUUACAAGUUUUCCCUAGCAAGAAAAGUGUCUGGUUGCGAGCAGCCUAUUUUGAGAAGAAUCACGGAACCAGAGAAUCGUUGGAGGCUCUCUUACAGAGGGCUGUAGCUCACUGCCCCAAAGCCGAAGUCCUCUGGCUUAUGGGGGCCAAAUCGAAAUGGCUUGCUGGAGAUGUACCUGCUGCUCGGAGUAUCCUGGCUUUGGCUUUCCAGGCCAACCCCAACAGUGAAGAGAUUUGGCUGGCUGCUGUGAAGUUGGAAUCUGAAAACAAUGAAUAUGAAAGAGCAAGGAGGUUGCUGGCAAAAGCUCGUAGCAGUGCCCCAACGGCUAGGGUCUUCAUGAAGUCUGUCAAACUUGAGUGGGUGCUUGGGAACAUUGCUGCUGCUCAGGAGCUAUGUGAGGAAGCGUUGAAUCACUAUGAAGAUUUUCCCAAGCUCUGGAUGAUGAAAGGUCAGAUUGAAGAGCAGGAGGAACUAGUUGAAAAUGCCAGAGAGGCAUAUAACCAAGGGCUGAAGAAAUGCCCCGGAUCGAUACCCCUUUGGCUCUUGUUAUCCAGGCUGGAAGAGAAGGUGAGUCAACUCACCCGUGCCAGAGCCAUCUUGGAGAAGUCUCGUUUAAAAAAUCCGAAGAACCAAGAUUUGUGGUUGGAAUCUGUGCGAUUAGAAUACAGAGCUGGGCUGAAAAACAUUGCUAAUACGCUGAUGGCAAAGGCACUGCAAGAGUGUCCCAACUCUGGAAUCCUGUGGUCAGAAGCAAUUUUCUUAGAAGCCAGGCCCCAAAGGAAGACCAAGAGUGUGGAUGCUCUGAAGAAAUGUGAGCAUGACCCACAUGUCCUUCUGGCUGUGGCCAAGUUGUUCUGGAGUGAACGUAAAAUAACCAAGGCUCGUGAGUGGUUCCAUCGGACUGUGAAGAUAGACUCUGACCUGGGGGAUGCCUGGGCUUUCUUCUACAAGUUUGAACUUCAGCACGGCACAGAGGAGCAGCAAGAAGAGGUGAGGAAGCGUUGUGAAAAUGCAGAGCCCCGGCAUGGAGAACUGUGGUGUGAGGUCUCCAAGGACAUCAGCAACUGGCAGAGGAAGAUUGGUGAAAUCCUGGUGCUGGUGGCAGCAAAGAUAAAGAAUGCCUUCUAGGCUAGAGGCUUAUGGACCUAUUUCUCAAACAGUGUGAUGGGACUCAGCUUCUUUCUUCAACACACAUGUGUUGGGGCUCUGUCUCUUCAUGGAAGGAAUUUGGAGAAGGAGAGAGAGGGAAUGGGAUGAUGUUUCCUGGUUGAACUUCAUAGGGGAGCCAAGCCUUUCCCCUGACACUUCCUUAUAUUGAGCCGGUAACAGUAGUGAGGAAAUCAAUAUUUUCUCAUCGAAGUGUUUUGUAUACCACCAUGCUUCAGGAUUGCUAAGGACAGGAGAAACUUCAGAGUGUUGAUUGGGCAGGCAUUUUCAUUCAGAUUAGUGAAUGGUCCUGAUGUUCUUUGUAUAUCAAAUCUCCAAAAAACAUCUGGCAUAUGAGCUGUCCCUUUAGGCUUUUCUGCUUUCUAAAGUUCACCUUUGUCUAGUUGAUGUACUCAACAAAGUCAUUUAGUGUCUGGUGACCUAUACAGGAUAAACAGUCUAUUUUUGUACAGUAAAAUAUAAAGAGACUGAUAACCAUUUUCUGAUGGAACUCAAUAGCAGUUGCUAAGAACUUGAAAUUUUGUAAAGGUAUGUGUUAUGUGGACGAAAAGGCUGAGGAGCAGACAUGUUGCAAGGCUACCUGUUUCAGACUUGGUGGGGACUCUGUUUUGUUUACCAUAUAAACCUGACCAUAUGGAGUCUGAACAACAACAGCUUCUCAGAGGCUUACAUCUGAAAGGAGACAUAAUAAAUUCAGGGACUUGCCUGUUCAUUGAGUUAGCUCAGGGGCUUUGUCAAAUUGCCUUUGUGAGGCAUAGCUGCCUUAGUUUUCCAUGAAGUAGAAAAUAAGAUACUUUUGUGACAGGUGAUUUUAAAAGUGAAUGUGUCCUACUUGCAGGAGAGAAAUGUGACAUCACAUAAUACUAGAGUAAAAUAGGGUUUGAAUAAACUUUGGGGAGAGCUCAUUUAACUGUAAAGAAUUUGUGGUGUAAGAUUCAAAUAGCAACCAAGCAAACAGUUCCCUCAUUGUCAGAACAGUCUUAUGAUUGGAAUAAUGUAGACAAAAUCAGUUUCCAGUACAGUCUAACAAGAACAUCUCUAUGGAAUGAAAGCAUGUGACCCAACAUCCGUUGUGUGUCCUCGGUAUAAAUGCAGUAAAGCCUCUCGGUAUAGAUUGAUUUUUAAAAAACAACAAUAUAGCAAUAGGCAUUCCUAGUUUGACUAUUUGCUCAUCUCCCCCUACCUCCAAUGCACCUUUCUAGGUUUUGGAUAGAACAACCCAUUCCCAUCCCAAUACCAUAAAGAUAUCUUGAUGUAUUAGGACAUAUCCAGUGUUUCUGCAUGGCAUUUUGAAUUUUUAUUUUUAAAAAAGAUUGCUUAGCCAGUCAUCCUUGUACAUAGUAUGAAGCUGUAAAAUAAAAUCCUCUUUUGUUCUUUGUGAUAA